AGGUCCCAGUCUGCGUUCUCCAUCACUGGAGAAGAUUCCCUGAAGACCUCUUCACUGCAGGCCGCAGCGAGGCAGCUGAGGGACGGGGGCCAGCACCCAAGGGAGGAACCCGCUUUGCCCAGUUGGAGGAGCAUGGACAGGCUGGACAAGACAAACCUGGCCCCAGUGUUGCAGAGCCCCGACGGAAAUUGGGUAGCCCUGAAGGAUGGCACUCUGCCCCCCACCCGCCUGCUGGCCAAACCUAAGAGCGGGACCUUUCAAGCCCUGGAGGUGGCCUCCAGUGUGGCGUCUGCCUAUGAUGAGAUGGGCUCCGACAGUGAGGAGGACUUUGACUGGAGUGAGGCCUUGAGCAAGCUGUGCCCGCAGUCCCGGGGCCUGCCCAGUAACCCUCAGCCUCAGCCCAUGCAGGCACAGGGUUCCGACCAAGGCCCCUCAGCGGCCUCCCCCUCCUCCGGGCUCUCUCUCAACCCCGAGGCCAUGUGCUCUGACUCAGAGACCUCCUCAGCGGGUUCCUCCCGGGCCAGACUGCCCUGUUUGCAGAGGAAGGCUCCCAGGAACUCCGCAGCUGAGAAAAUGCGCCUUCAGGGAGAGCUGGAUGUGAACUUCAACCCCCAGGCGGCCAGCGGGGAGACUUCUGACAGCAGCGAGCCGGAGCAGGCCCCCCACGCCACAGACCGGCGGGCCAGGAGGUGGAGAAGGGCCCGAGUGGGCUUAGAGGAGCCAGGGAAGAAACCGUCUGCCCCCAGCACCCAUCCCCAGGAUCUGGACCCACAUCAGGUGUCGGGUGAUUUAUCAGAGACUGACAUCAGCAAUGAGGUUCGACACCCCUGGACCCCUACAGAAACCACGGAGGAAAAACUGAGAAACAGGUUGUACGAGUUAGCAAGGAAAAUGAGUGAAAAGGAGACUUCUUCAGGGGAGGAUCAGGAGUCCGAGCCCAAGACAGAAUCUGAGAACCAGAAGGAGAGCCUGUCCUCCGAAGAGAAUAGCCAGAGUGUCCAGGAAGAGCUGAAGAAGAAGUAUUCUGCUGUUUCUCUCUGCAACAUCUCCACAGAAGUCCUGAAAGUCAUCAAUGCCACAGAGGAGUUGAUAGCAGAGUCUACAGGGCCCUGGGAGUUCCCGCCAGUCCCUUCUGACAGAGAGAAGGGGACAUUUCCUCUUGGGACAGACCAAGUGAGACUGGAUGAGCAGCUGACUUCCCUGGAAGAAAAC